UCACCUUCAUCAUAGUACUCCUCAUCAGCGAUCGAUCGGACUUCGAAGAAUUAACGCGUGCGCGCGAGCACCAUGAAGAAGGCCGGCGCGGCGACGCUCCUGCUGGCGCUGCUGGUCGCGGCCGCCGCCGUGGCCCCGUCGGCAUCCGACGCGGCCAGGCUUGGCGACGGCCCCGCCGCGGCGGUGGCGAAGAACACCGGCGGCCUGCAGCACGGCCACGGCCCCCGCUGGCGCGACCACCACCACGGCGGCAACCGGUCCCCCCUGGCGGGGCUGACGGAGUGCGUCACCGUCUGCGGGACCGGGGUGACGGGGUGCAUGCUCGACUGCUACAAGCCGGCGCUGGGGCUGGACCCAGUGCAGCUGCCCGUCUGCCUCCUCAAGUGCACCAACGACGCAAUGGUCUGCGGCGCCAGCUGCUCAACCAACCUCUAGCUAGCUAGCUAAACGAUAUGAUCACACACAAAUAUAUACUAUAAUCCCGCACCACUAAUUAAACGAUACAUGCCACCCCAUGCAUGCAAAACUGGUGGUAUAUAUACCACUAAGAUUAAUUAAUUAUGCCCCUCCCACACAUAUGGUUGUACUUGAAGAUGCAUUCCAUACUAGAUACUACCUACCAAUGGCUUGCAAACUCGUGCUUAUCAUGAAUAAUGCAAUGGCUACAUAAUUAUAUACCUGAUGAUGGUAAUCGUUCUAAGCUC